AUGACGUCUUGUGCGACAGAUAGCUCCCGUCGGCCGGCGCCCCUAGCGCUCGGCGUGGUCGUGUCUGUGGCGCUCGUGCUGCUGAGCGUGUGCGGCGUACCGACGCAGGCGGCCACGGUGACGGACUUGAAGAACGUGGUUAAGAAUGAGAUGUACAGAAUCGACAUAGGCAUGACGGACUUCUACAGCUCCCUCAGCGUUUCUCCGACUGUGCAGCAGCAGUACUGCACGACGGCCAUCGCCAGCCAGGCUGCCGGCUUGAGUCUCACGAUGGAGUCGCUCUCCUCGCCAUACGGCGUGCUUGCCACGGAAUAUGGCUUCCUCAUCUACAAGGACGCGUAUGUCUUUGGCCCGUCGAUUAAACUCAUCGGCGCCUCAGCCUGGUCAAACGGGACGCUGACGACGGAUAUUCAGAUGGGCAGGAACAUCCUCGUGCCCUACCUCACGAACACCAUUGUUUUCGUCACCGGUAUCCUAGAGAGCGAGGACGGCAGGCAGAACAUCCUCCCUAUGACGCGCUUCAUGAUGGUCGACUCCUACCUCUGCGCCUACAUGCACAUGGACGUCGCCAACCUCUACCGCAACACUUUCCGCGCCGUUUUUGCAGAGCUGGCGUAG